AUGGCUUUCAGGAUAUACAACAACUCCACUCAGUUCGCCCAGCUUAUCGUUCUCGUCAUAUUCACUCCCCUGGGGGUUGCGGUGACAGUCCUUCGCUUUGUCGCAACGCGCCAUGGGGCGCGCAAACCGGGACUAGAGGACUGGAUGGCCGCACUGGCCACUAUUUUCUUCGUAUUGGUCAACCUCUGUGGCUUGCUGGCUAUCAGCAUCCUUAAUGGGCGCACAAUUGAACAGGAAAUUGCCGAUAGCCCAGCCGAUUAUCGUCACAUGCGUGUAUGGGACAUGACUGGUGUCUACCUCUAUCUUGGCCACAUCCUGACCGUGAAGCUGAGUGUCCUCGCGCUCUUUCAUCGAAUCUUCGGCAUCAACCGUACCUACCGGGUAUGGAUAUACGCUAUUGGUGCAUUUCAAACAAUGCUAUGCAUCAUCUUCUGUGUCUUCCAGGGACUGCAGUGCAGGCCGUUCGACAGAUACUUCGACAAGUCGAUAGAAGGAACUUGCAAAGACGACGGCUUGAUUGUCAUCGGUGGGGAGACACCAAAUUCACUCGUCGACUUUGCCAUGGUCAUUCUCGCAAUGGUCAUGAUCCGCCCUCGUCAGCUUCCAUCGGCCACGAAAUGGAGGCUCAGGGUUCUGUUUGGUUUUGGUAUCAUGUGA